GCUCUGCGAUGGUCACUUUAAACCCUCACAGCCCCCUUUCUACUGGAUGUUGGCAAUUCAGGAAAUUCAGCUCACACACACACACACACACACACACACACACACACACACACACGCACACACAACAGGCCCAUCCUGCUCCUUGCAGAAGGCGCCCUGGCCAUCAGCCAAUCAGGGCGCAGCAGGAUAUGACGUAGCGUUCCAGCACUAGGAAGCCCUGCGACUGGCGCGCCAAAUUUCAAAGGACUUCCUCCUGGGAGGACAGAAGCUGCACCGACGCAAACAACAAAACCUCUGCAGAAACUAGUACAUUAGAGUUUGAUUUCAAGUCGUAGCAGGUGAAUCCGGCCGGUGGAGCAGAAGACGACGGUCUGCGGAGGGAUAUCAGAUGUCAGAGAGGAGUAGAUCACACAGACCUCAGCUGUUCCACCCUGUCAGGCUUCCCACCUGUAAUUGAUGUCAGGAGCCUGGGAUUUUAAUCUCACACACACACACACACACACACGAACACACGAACACACGAACACACGAACACACAGAUGACAGCUGUUCAAACCUGGAAAAUAUUAAACGUCAGAACUCAAGCUAAGAGUCACGGCUGUCAAGUUGUUUUUUGGCAGGUUUACUUUUUUUUUUAAUGUUUACUGCACCUUUUGGUUCAACAGAGUAACACACCGGCUGUCCACGUUACUGAAGCUCUUUAUUCUCAAAUCCAUCUGCUUAUAGCCUCCGCUCCGCGGGGGAUUUAGUCUGUUUGAGUUUGAGCUCAUAACAGAGUGCCGAAGCUCAUUUCCACACUUCAGCAGCUUAUACAGUGCUCCGUAUCCUCAUUAUUUAUUCAUGUAUUCACAGCAGGGCACGACAAGUCAUCAGCUUUCCAUACUAAUGCAAACACCUGUUUCUCAGGGCUGCUCCACCUGCCUGUAACCUUCCCACUCUCACAGUAUAUUUCAUCCUGUGGUAUAGCUUUAUGUUAGCAGGCAGCACCUUUUGGUCAAAUGCCUUCAGUUUAACUUCAGCCCACUAGCAAAGAAUCCAAAAAUGGAUUGCAGCUUCCUGUAACUCAGGGCCUGUCACAGAUCGGGUGUGGGCCUCUGGGCAGGUGAGGGUGGGGGGGCUUAGACAAUCAAACCCAUCAGUCAUGCUGUCCGGGGUGCAGCCGUGCUUCCAGUUGCUUCGGAUCGGCUCGUCGGCCGGCGACUCGGCGCGGGACCUGUACACGUUCAGGCCGGCGCUGAGCCACUCCGUGUUCCGACUGGGCCGGGCGGCGGAGCUGUGCGACGUCACGCUGGACUCCACGACGGUGUCACGGAUCCACGCCGAGCUGCACGCGGAGAGGGAGGCGGGCGAGGGUGACGAGGCGCCGCAGGAGGAGGGCUGGAGGGUCCACAUCAAGGACAGGAGCAGUCAUGGCACCUGGGUGAACGAGGUCCGCCUCCAGCCCGGCGUCCAGUGGGAGCUCUCAGAUGGCGACACGCUGACCUUCGGCGGCCAGUCGUCUCCAGGGAGCCCGGAGUUCUACUUCCUCUUCCAGAAGGUCAAAGUUCGCCCGCUAGACUUCGAUGCCAUCACGAUCCCAAAGGCGGGCACUUUCUCCUCCGACAUACAGAACCGGAUCAGAACUAACCUGGACCGCAAGGUGGCCGCCAACCUGGACCUGUCCAAGCUGUCCAUCAACCGGGCCACCGUCAUCCUCAACUCCAUCGGCAGUCUGAGUAAGAUGAAGGGCAGCGCCUGGACCUUCCAGAGGAGCCACAGCCACGAGGGAACCGCCUCGGACCCCGGCUCCUCCUCUCCGCCUCCUCGGGCCGCGGGCUUGUCCUCUCUGCUCCCGCCCUCCACGCCGCCGUCGUUCUCCUCCGCAGCCUCGGCACCUUCGGCAAAGUGCCUCCAGUCGGCGUCCAGGAGCCGGAGGAAGUCGGCUCACACGGUGCUCCUCGAGGACGACAGCUCAGACGAGCCCCGGAGUCGAGGAGCUCCAGCCGGAGUCGUGGAGGACGGACAGAGGUCGAGGGGGAAAAAGAGGCGACGGCUCUACAAGUCAGAGUCUGAGAGUUUCAGCUCCCCGCCUCCUCUGCCGCUGCAGCACAAGAGCCACAACGACGUCCAGCGACGGCCGCUGGAGGCCAAGCCCUUCCCCGUCGGCAUCAGGACCAUCGGCAGUUUCCACGGCGCCAUGACGAACAGCAGGCUCAACCACCACCUCCUCCAGGCCUCCUUCACCAACCCCGCAGUCCACAAACAGGAAGUGCACCGGGUCAAGACGGUGAUGCACGGCAACAUCGCAGCUUUCCGCCAACAGAAACCCGCCCACAGCUCUACCACGGCGCUGAGAGGCCGGCGGAGGGCUCACAGCUCUCCGGUAUUCUCCCCUCUGGUGGUCGGAGGGGAGAACUACAGUCUGGCCUCGCCUUCAGUGAGGAUCCGCACAGAGGAGAGAGGCCGGGUGCAGUUCAACAGAUUUCACCAUCCAACAAGUAAGCGCCGUGGCCGCCCCAGAAAACACCCGCUCCUUCCCCGGCCUUCCCUGCCCUCUCCAUCCUCCUCGUCCUCCUCUUCCACCUCCUCCGCCUCGUCCUCCUCCGGCUCCUCCUCUUCGUCCUCUGACGACGAGGACGAUGACGACGACGAAGAGGAGGAAGAGGGGGAGGCGACGGGCGGGGCAGUGGAGCCGUGCGCGGCGCCGCGGUGUCGGCUCCCCCAGCAGGACACGGUGCAGUGGAUCCAGUGUGACGUGUGCGACGCCUGGUACCACAUAGACUGUCUCCACGUGGACCGCAAGAAGCUCCUGAAGGACCCCAACGCCGACUUCCACUGUGGCUGUCGCUGAUAUGAGAGAAUCCCAGUUUGAGACGAUGGAUCCAGUUUUCAAGCUUUCAAGUUCCCUAAAAUGUUUAUUUCCUUCAGCCACGCUCGUGGAAAAUCAAUUUCAUCGAAGGUUGCUACUUCUUCUUCUUCUAACGACCAGCAUGCAGUGCUUCUUUCUCACCGCAACCGCCGCUGGCGAGCGCAGGAACAGAGUUUCCUUCAAUCUUUACAUCCUGAUCUUCCCCAAGUUUGAGGAUUUGUGACCCAACAGUCACACAGCUGCUUCAUAAACCUCUCACCCGCUCACUUUCAGGGCUGAAACGGUAAUGAAAUGUCUCAGGUUGGAUUUCAUUAUGACUUUGACUGCCUGGAGAGGUGCGGUCAGGGGCGGGAAAACAUGAUGAAAUGUUUCUGAGUACACUCCCACCGUGGCUGUCGUCGACCAGGGGGCAGGCAGCCUUCAGGAAGAUUAAUGAAACGUUUCAGAUCCGGCCGCCGCAGUCGGAGUCUUUACACUCUCAGAUGUCUCAGUGCAGCCACCUACACUAUUUUAACUAUUUUACAAGGCCAAGUUUUCAGGGCAGGAUAGGACCUUCAACGACUAUUUCCGUGUUUUUGGGUGGCCAACAACAGCCUCCCUCCCUCCCCAAGAGAAACCAGCGCUGGGCCGGUAUCUUCCCACCUCAGUGACGAUAAAACUUGAUGAAAUGUUUCCGUGCAGCCUCUCAGGGUGGCAGCAGCUGUCUAGGAGUGGGCGUGUGAUGUUUCAAGACAAUUAAAUGCUAGGAAAUGUGUCAGCAGACUCCCAUUGUAGCUGCUGAUGAGCGCGCUUGAGGGAUGAUAAUCAAAUGUUUGAAGGCACUUGUGCAGAAGCAGCUGCUGGAUUUUGUGGGGGGCUGAAUGUGAGCAGUGGGACUGUUGUUAGAAGACGUCUGAGUGCAGACUGACAGUGUGGCGGCUGCUGCUGCUUUGGGAGGGACUCAUUACCAGUGAAAUGUCAUGAAAUAUCAUCCGCUGAUGUAACGCGGAUAAACAGAUUCAGGAAGGCCUCGUCGUUUCUGACUGGCGGGUUGAGUCGUAGAUGAGUCUUCCCUACAGAUCGAUCUCUUCGCACUACUGAACUCCCGGGUCUCAAAGUGGACGCUUGUGUCCUGACAGAACUGUCCUCCACCUCUGAACAGCAUGUACACAUGUCUUUAUCAGGUGCUGCUUGAAUUGGUUCAAAAUUCUUCUCUUAAGCACCUUUUCUAGUAUUUAAAUCUAAAUGUUGUCUUUGAUUGGCUCGCCUGGUCAAAACCAGUCUAUCAUAAAGAAGCAGUUUACCUCUCGUAUAACCUGUAUAGUAGUUCUGACUCAUCCAGAUAACAGUAGUGUUAACAAUAGAGUUUGUCUUGGCUGGUGUUGUGUAAAAAAGGCGUCUACUUUAAUCAUACCACUAUGGCUGUUUUAUUUGAAGUGGAAGAAAAUGUAGAAAACUUCUUGAUUCUUGAGCAAUAAAAUCAGAAAAAAA